AUGUCCAUCACGUUGUACGAGGACGAAAAGUCAUUUACAGAAGGAAAAGGGGUCACGUUUACACAGUCACGAGCGAAUCUUCUCAAAGACGGGAAAUUCACAAUAGCCGAUGUUAAAGCAGGAAACUGGAUCUUCUACGAGCGCCAAGACUACCAUGGCCCUUUAGUGAAGACAGUAACAGUUGUUGAAAAACACGUAACCAUAAGUGGCGUUAAUGGCUCCGUGUUCCUGGUAGAAAAUCCCCAACUCAUUUUGUUUAAAGACUUUGGCUAUCGUGGAGAGAGGAAGGUACUACGAAUAUAAUUAGUGAACUUAUUCAGUAAUAACUGGGGAAACCUAUGUUCUCUUUGUUCUGCUAUACUGUUUAUAAUAAAAACUACGCAAAUAUAUCAAAGGCCUAUGAGAACAAUUAUGAGACACCAAAGAUUUUUUUUUACUUCAGAUUCAGCUGAAGCCGGUUAGAAUAGAGAUUUCAAUGGCUUUUGAUUUGAACAGGCUUUGUUUUGUCAACUCUGGCCCGGAAUCAUUAUUUGCAAAAGAAACUACUUUUCUCGUAAAAAAAUUAUCUUGCAAUUCAAUAAUCUGCUCAGAGAGGUACAAUUAUGAAAUAACUUAAUUUUAACAUACCUAUUUUAGUUCAUUCAAUUUUUAAUAUCAAUAUGUGUUUGCAAACAAAAGCCUUAUCGGCCUAGCUGAAAUCAUGUAUCAGAUACUUUUAGCUACACAAAUUCAGGGUUUUAGUUCGGGUUAGGUCAAAUCUUGAAAUUUCAAAAUUCUCCAUGCCAAACUAUUGUAGUUUCAAAAUUUGUAAACUUACCAGAAAUUGACUCACCGUGAUAACCCUGGAGGGGGGGGGGGUGGGGGUUACUCGACCAAUAUUUGGGUAUAGGUGAGCCGCUGAGGGUUUGACCCUGUUUAGGACAAAAAAUUCCUAAAAUAUAUACCCUGUUUAGGACAACACAAUCAAUUUUAGUACAUUGUUUAGUACCCUGUUUACACUAAGACGAAAUCGAUCGUGCAUGAAACACCCUGUUUAUAAUUAGAACAGACUCGCACAAAUCAUGCGCACUGUUUAGGACAGUCGUGCGCGUAAUUGUAUACCCUGUUUAGGACAGUCGUGCGAAAUUAUAUACCCUUUUUAGGACAGAGAGGACGAAAACCAUACCCUGUCCAGCGGCACAUCCCCGUAAAGGCCAUAUAAGGGAGUACCCCCCCCCCCCGGGGAUGAUAACACACGUUAAUAAAUCACCACGUUGGCGNUGGAGAGAGGAAGGUACUACGAAUAUAAUUAGUGAACUUAUUCAGUAAUAACUGGGGAAACCUAUGUUCUCUUUGUUCUGCUAUACUGUUUAUAAUAAAAACUACGCAAAUAUAUCAAAGGCCUAUGAGAACAAUUAUGAGACACCAAAGAUUUUUUUUUACUUCAGAUUCAGCUGAAGCCGGUUAGAAUAGAGAUUUCAAUGGCUUUUGAUUUGAACAGGCUUUGUUUUGUCAACUCUGGCCCGGAAUCAUUAUUUGCAAAAGAAACUACUUUUCUCGUAAAAAAAUUAUCUUGCAAUUCAAUAAUCUGCUCAGAGAGGUACAAUUAUGAAAUAACUUAAUUUUAACAUACCUAUUUUAGUUCAUUCAAUUUUUAAUAUCAAUAUGUGUUUGCAAACAAAAGCCUUAUCGGCCUAGCUGAAAUCAUGUAUCAGAUACUUUUAGCUACACAAAUUCAGGGUUUUAGUUCGGGUUAGGUCAAAUCUUGAAAUUUCAAAAUUCUCCAUGCCAAACUAUUGUAGUUUCAAAAUUUGUAAACUUACCAGAAAUUGACUCACCGUGAUAACCCUGGAGGGGGGGGGGGUGGGGGUUACUCGACCAAUAUUUGGGUAUAGGUGAGCCGCUGAGGGUUUGACCCUGUUUAGGACAAAAAAUUCCUAAAAUAUAUACCCUGUUUAGGACAACACAAUCAAUUUUAGUACAUUGUUUAGUACCCUGUUUACACUAAGACGAAAUCGAUCGUGCAUGAAACACCCUGUUUAUAAUUAGAACAGACUCGCACAAAUCAUGCGCACUGUUUAGGACAGUCGUGCGCGUAAUUGUAUACCCUGUUUAGGACAGUCGUGCGAAAUUAUAUACCCUUUUUAGGACAGAGAGGACGAAAACCAUACCCUGUCCAGCGGCACAUCCCCGUAAAGGCCAUAUAAGGGAGUACCCCCCCCCCCCGGGGAUGAUAACACACGUUAAUAAAUCACCACGUUGGCGUAAAAUCUCAGGGCUUUCUCAGAAGUGGGCGGCAAACUUCGAACUAAAACGUUUGCCAUUACCCCUCCCACCAGCCCGGAACAGAUGUAGCCGCUGUUUGGAAGAGAAGUCACCAAUGGCGCGUUUCCCUGACUCCAAACAAUACUAAAACGAUAGAAAGAAUGACAUGUCAUUGUUUCCUGCGACCAAUUAGGAGAGACCUUACGAGCAGCUGCUACACUACUCUGAAACGAGCAAAUAUUUCACGACUGACAUAUCCGCGAAGUAAUAAAGUGAAUUCCCCGGGGGCGUUACUCACCAAUGUUUUAUACCGGGAGACUCCACCGCUUUUUCGUUGCAUUGGUAAUAUGCGAAAUCUUCUCGAUUUGAAGAAACUUGGCGCGCAAGGUGGCCCCGGUUAAUUUUUUUAGCAUGCGCCCAAGGCGUUCUUGGGAAAUUCUGGAAACACAUCGUUGACUUGUCUCCAUUUCCGUCUUCUCCCGGGUCCGGUCUAGGGAUGAGUGCGGGCUCAUUUUCCCGAACAGCGGCUGGUAAUCUAGCCUCCCACGCAGGAAGCUCGUCUUUCUUGUGGGGAGGGAUGAAAGACGAGCUCCCCUAAACACGCCUGCGUGGGAGGCUACUGGUAAUCGAGCCUAGUCGUUGACCGGUCAGCAUUAGAUUUCCAUCCUCCAGAACCUCCCCUCUUAACUACACUUACGUGAAUUUCCUAAAUCUCUACUCUUUCUACUCUUAUACUACUACAUGAGAAAUUUCUGCAAUUUGGUUGGCUUAGACCAGUGGUAUUUCAGCUUAAUUUGAAAUACCUACAUGUGAAAAUUACAAACCUUUUGCGAGUAAUAGUAUAAACAAAUAAUAGCAUGAUUUGUACAUGAUAUUUUGCAUAAAUUCCACUCGUAAUAUUCAAAAUUGUCUCAAAUUUCACUCGUCUAACGGCUCGUGAAUUUAUGUAAAACAAUUUCGAAAUAUCACUCAUGGUAUUUAUGCCAAAUAUCACUACAAAUCAUGCUAUUACCUAUACUUCUAGUCUUUCUCUAAGGGUUGAUUUCCAUUGUCGCGUAAUUUUUACGUGCGUAAAUUUUACGUGCGCAAAUAAGAUAAAGGCAACGCAUGAACGGUCGCCCGUAAACGUAAAAGUUAAAUCUUGCUCAACUUCACUUUUAAUCUCAACACUUUGGGUCGGAUAUUUAAACAAAGUCUAACUUAGAACGCGGUUUACGAAAUCUUUGGACUUUUAAAUCUCGUCCAUAGUGGGUUAUUUUAAGAAGACAAAUGCUUUUCUAAUCUACGCCAUAUGCUUUCAUGAAACUGUUCACGAUAAAUCGUAUUUAUAUAAAAGCGUUCGGGAAACUGUAAAUGGUUAACAACGGCGGUUUUGUUAAACACUGGCUAAACUCCGUUUAAAUAACUGGACCUUUAUAUCUUGUCUUAUUUUUUUGUUUACGCGAUUAAAAUUUACGUGCGUUCCCCUGGUUAACACGCGCGUAGCCAAAAACGCGUCAGUGGAAAUCAACCUUAAGUCUAGGUCCCCUCAAUUAUUUUUUGGGAACUGAAAAGGGAAAUUGACUGUGGCAUUAGCGGGAUCAUAAGCCGCGGUCUUAGCAACCGAACUCUAUCGCCUAUACCACUACACCACAGUGGAUUCAUCAGAAAAUGAGGCGUUCGUUUUACAUUAUUUCUAGUGACAAACCUAUAAGUAAAUUAAAGUUAACCACUUAGAGUCAGUGCUUAAGCCAAAUCACUAUAACGUUUUUCACGAAGUUUUCAGAAAAUGUCAUAACCAUAGAAAUAGAGUUCUAAAGUGAUGACGUCAUAAAAAUAAAAUUUGGGAAUUUAUAGGAUUUGUCAAGAUAUUCAGAAAGAACAAUGUCCAAAACACCUACUUGCCAAAAAUUAGGAUUUCGGGGCAACUUGUCUCAAAUUGCAAAUCCUUCUAAAUAUGGCUUGAGUCUAAACGUUUAGACCCUUUUGGGCGGCACAACAUCAUCAUCAUCAUCUUUUUUUAUUUAAACAACUUGGGUUUUAAAGCUGAUAUAACUUAAGGGGCACAUACCUAUAAACUGCAGCUAUAAAGUAAAUAUAAGGGAGCACCCCACCCCCGAGUAAAAUCCCUACCCUUUCAAAUACCUAAAGUUUAAUAAAGGUACAUCAUUAGGGCGGAGCCUCCCCCGCAUAGGUCAUUAUAGGGAGUACCCCCUGGGGGUGAAUUCCAGCUUGGUUAGUUAGUUGUUUUUUUUUUUCAGUUUCUAGCCGUGUUGCAUUUAAGAGAAGUCUAAUGCUGAUCCAAACCUCACGAUCAUCUUUACUGACAUAAUCUGAGUGUUACCUUUUUAUUAUUAUUAUUUUCUUGUAGUGGUUUCAAGACAAUCAGGAAGAUCUGACCGGAUUAUUCCCAGUAGAAACAGAGGAAGGAGAAGACGACAAAAAAUCAGGCGUCUCCUCUGCUAUCUUGUUGUCUAAGAACCGGUCCGUAGUUUUGUUCACCGAAGCCAAUUUUGGAGGCAAGAAAUAUACUAUGCAACCAGGAGAGUGGUGUGAAAAGGUGAAGUUCACGGACGACCACCAGGCGGGACAGAACGACAAAUGGCUGAGCUUCAAAUUUAUCUAA